AGAGGGAGAUUUGGAAAUCAGGAAAAAAAAAAACUGCAGAACAAGAGACGGGACACAAUACAAAACAGCUCAAAGAAUAUCACUGGAAUGAAGGUGUAUGACUGGGCAAGCGCUUUACGACCCGCGCUUAUAUUAGAAAAGAUUUCCAGCAUUAGAGAGAGAGAGAGAGAGAGAGAGAGAGAGAGAGAGACAGAGACAGAGAGAGAGACUGCUUUAUUCCUUCUCAUGUGAUAACACUGGGUUUGAGUGUCUGGAGCUGCUGUGAUGUUUCGACUAAAAAUGAACUCUUUGUAUUCACUCUUGUGUUCUGUAUGUUCAUUUUUUGUGCUUCCUUGUUUAAAUUAAUUACCUACAGUAACUUCUGACAACAUGUGUAAGCAAAACACAAGCUACCAGACCUGGACUGCCCACAACUACAACAAGACUGUGUCUCAACAGGUUUAGAUGAAUUAAUGUUUAAGCUCAUGUUAUAAAAAACACUCAUAUCAGCAUGGGAAUAACUCAAGGUGAGCGUGGUGUCAUAAGUCAUGUGUUUUAUUUAAUCUGAGAGUGAAACACCUGCUGAACACAAUCACACACAAGAAUGCGCAUUAAAUAUAGCAUUUCUGUCAUCUUUAUUGUGGUUCUGGUCAUCAUUGAAAAGGAAAACAACAUUAUUUCAAAGGUGUCUGAAAAGCUGGUAAACUUGCCAAGGUCCAUCCAGCAGAGUGUCUCGCCUGCAUCUGCAUCUGGAGGACGGAAACACAUCCUUCUGCUGGCUACGACUCGCUCAGGCUCUUCUUUCGUUGGUGAAUUUUUUAACCAGCAGGGAUCAAAUAUGUUUUACCUGUUCGAGCCACUGUGGCACGUGGGGCGCAUGUUAUCAGUCGAGAUGGACGGGACGAACGCCACAGUCGCUGGACCGGUGUAUCGAGACGUUCUGCAUCAGCUGUUCCUCUGUGACUUUUCCUUGCUGGAGAUCUUUAUCAAACCCCCGCCGAAGGAUCAUGUGACCGCUGCGCUCUUCCGCCGUUAUUCUAGCCAGUCGCUGUGUGAAGAAUCCAUCUGCUCGCCGUUUGAUAGAAAAGCGUUUGAGAAAUUCCAUUGCCUUGAGCGGCGCUGCGGUCCACUCAACCUGACGCUGGCCUCUCAGUCCUGCAUGCAGAAGAAACAUCACGUGAUUAAGUCCGUCCGUGUCCAGCAGCUAGAGACGCUACGGUCGCUGGCCGAAGAUCCCAGACUCGACAUGAAGUUCAUCCAGCUGGUCAGGGACCCUCGCGCCGUUCUCGCCUCACGAAUGGUUGCCUUCUCCAGAGAGUACAAGAUCUGGAAGAGGUGGGCCAUGGACGAAGACCUUCCAGUGGACGAGGAUGAAGUGAGAAAACUCAAAGAAAACUGCGACAACAUCCGCAUGUCUGCUGAGAUCGGACUCGAGCAGCCACCAUGGCUUCGCGGACGGUACAUGCUAGUGCGCUAUGAGGACAUCGCACGAUUCCCCAUCGCCAAAGCUGCAGAGAUGUACGGCUUUAUAGGCAUUCCCUUCACUGCAACGGUGGAAGAGUGGAUCCUAAAAAACACUCAGGCAUCUAAGAAAGUCAGAGGAGUUUAUUCCACCCAGAGAAAUUCCUCUGAACAGGUGGAGAAAUGGAGGUUCAGCAUUCCCUUCAAACUGGUUCAGCUGGUGCAGAAAGCAUGCGGCCCCACCAUGACUCUCUUCGGCUACAAGUUUGCUGAAAACAAAGACAUGUUGAUCAAUAAAUCAGUGAGCCUGAUUGAAGAGAGAACAUUCUUAUGAUAUUAUACAUACUUCAUGAAGAAGAAUGCUGAGAUUUAGGAAGCUGUUUGUGACUUGAUUGAAAUAUUAUGCGGAAAAUGAAGCAUUACUGGAUUUUUUAUGUUGAUGGCUAGUAAGUAAAAGCAAAAGUGAUGUGCCCAUGUUCAUUUUAAAUGCAUAGUUCAUUUGA